AUGGUUUCAUUAUAUAUCUACUUCCUGCCCACGUUAACACAAGUUGAUAUCAAUAAUGACAACCUUGGAAGACAAUUUCGUGCUGGAUUAGUAUCUUCUACAGAAGGCGGGAUUCAAAAGUUGAUAUUGAGGAAUAAAUAUGUUCUGUCGAGAAAUAAUCAGCCAACUCCAGCUGCAAAUGUCGGUAAGUGCAUAGAGAGAAUAGCAUAUAGUUACAAUAGUUAGGUCAAUCUCGAAAGAAUGCUGGAUUCGGGUGCUCCUAUUGAUCAAUGGUGCAGAAAACUCUGCAAGAUUUGGAAGAAGAAUGUCUUUUUUUUGCAAAGAUCAUCUUACUCCUGUCUUAAUUACCUUCGCCAGGAAGUAAUUUUUCCCCUCGUUUUGUUUUUUGUGUGCCUAUUUAUAUACUUGCAUAGUACUCGCUCAGUUUGAUACGAAAAUUCGUGGGGCUGAUGGAUUUAAUUUUGGUUCGAUUUCGAGGAAAAUUGGAAAUGAAACUUACAAAUUAAAGUAUUUCCUUGAAUGUUUUUGCGGGCUGAAAUAAUCCCCGAGCCAACGGCGCGAAGCGCCGUGCGAGGGUACUAAUUCCCCCCGGCUAUUUACACCUGGGGAAACGAAACUAUUAGCGAAGUCUAAAGUUCAUCAAUAAUCGCGGGCUUGGGUCACUGUGCGUGUUUCGGUGGGUGGCCAUCCUCACUGAUCUCAAUUGCUAAAAGAAGGGAGUAAAGGUGCCAACGUUAACGAAGGUAAGUUUGUUUUAAAUAUUGAUGCAUUGUUUGCUUUCAAUAUACUGUAAUUACUUUAAAAGCCGAUUGUUUGCGUAUAAAUAUGAAACAAGACAGCGUAAUAUUUCAGUGUUUCUUUAUUGAUUACCCUUCUUAUUAUACAAAGCAAAGUUAUUUGCAUGGGAGAAUUUGGAAUCAUUUUAUUUCGAACUCAAGGUUUAUCGAUAAAGGCAGUUAACUUUUCAGCGAAUUCUAUAUUAAAAGAACACUUUAAAACGUUUUGCGAAGCGUUUGUGGUUGAAUUUUACCUUAAAUUGAAGCUUAUAAUUAUUACGUAUAAUAACAUACCUAACAUACAUAUGUUUGGGAAAUUGAUAAUUUUGUAAUUAAAAGUGAUAUUCAGUUUAGGGGAUUUUACAUUUGUAAAAAUAUUCUUAAAAAAUUAUCGUGUUACCAUGACAACUACUUUAAAUACUUCACGUUCGGAAAAUACAAUGGUUUUGUUAGCAAGGCGAGGGUUUCUUCGAUCAUGCAUGUAUUUUCUAGUUUACUGUGUAAUCAAUCUCCUACCCAGAGCCAUCCUUGGCUCUGUUGGAUGUGUAUCUUGUUUUACAAAUCUUAAACGAUAUGUUCUGUCACGUUCACUGUAAUGUACUAUAUUUUGUAGCUGACGUGAAUGAGUGUUCAUCUUCAACUCGCUGUGGUUCUGGUCAACGUUGUGUUAACUAUCCUGGAACAUAUCGCUGUUACUGUAACAGUCCUGCACAAAUGAUUAUUGAGUCCGGACAAUGCAUAAGUAAGAACACGAUUUAAUUACUUUUAUUUUUUAAUAAGUAUGAGGCACAAGUAGUCUCGAUUUUAGAGUAAAAGGUUACUGAAUUCCCUGGCAAGCUGACCCUAUUGAGAUUAAGCUAUUUAUCCCCCGAGAAGUUGGAUAAAUAUCACAAUGCAAAGACUUACGCAGGCCUUUCUCAAGUGGACACCUUUUUGUAUAUAUGCGAAGCAUAGAUACAUUGCUAUUGUUUCAGUUUGUGGGUUAAACACUCAGGUGUAAACAAACUCCGCCUUAAAUACAUGUCUGCGAACAGGCAGCCUAAAAUAAAAACAAAAUGGCGGCCUCUAUGGUACAUUUCAUGUGUACGUCAAUUAAUAGUACAUCGCUAUUAACAUCUGUUUCGCAAACAACAAUACAAUGAAAAUGUACUGUGACAAGGUGAGAGAUUGUUAUUUUUGUCUAAACGUUUGUAUAUGAUUUGAAAAACAUUGAAAUGUUGUGAUCCACAUCGAUUCCACCGUGAUCGAUCGUAUAUUAAUCAGUCUUUUGGCCAGGAUUGUGGUAUUAACCAUUAUGCUGGAAAGUAACAACAUAUGAACUCAAACUUGAAAACUAGUAUUUGAAAUUGAAAAUAAGAAAUAGUCUUAGUGCAUUACAUAGCUGAAAGUGAAAUGCGCUGGUCGAGCAUGCAAAGUGGAGGGGAAUAAAAGCUUUAAAAGUACAAGACAAUGCAUGCCAAAGGUGGGUACUUUCUAGUGGGUACAGAGCAUGCUCCCAUGAAAGUUUAAAUUAGAGUAUUCAUCAUUUUGUUGAUCAUAAAUUUCUGCUUAUAAUCAUAACUUUUGUUAAUUAAACUUUGUGGUCACUGAAGAAUAAAAGUUGUAUUAUAUUAAGUGCGUCACCAGAGCUAGGAGGAUUCCCCAUGCAAAUACAAUGUACUUAAAUAAUUCACGGAAUUUUGGAAUACCCCCAAAAAUGCAAUUUACUGCAGAUAAAUGUACACAUACGUACCUAUUUUUCAUUACUCAUUUUUAUUGACAUUGCCAUUGUUUUAAAGAACCUUGUUGACAUUAAAACAAAACGGUGAAACUGUUCAUGUAACAAAAAAUCUAAGCCAAUUUCGUUUUUCGAACACACCCAGCGACGAAGAAGCAAGCGAGGUCUGUGGAUAAAUACUAGCUUUCUCGUACAGACCAGGCAAAUGAAGUAAUAUUAAUAAGGAAUUUAUUAUAUGCUUACCCUUUCCUGACAACAAAAUGACUUACCUGCUGCAUAAAAUACAGUCAUUAUUAAGCCGCCAUGUGCUCUUUUCUGUUUACUAUUCUGCUUUGUCUAAUGCCAUAUGAUUAUAUACUUCAACUUUUGGACACCGAACAGUUGCUGAUUUAAAGAAUAUACUGUAAUCUACCAAUAAGUUUUACAUUGAUUUUGAUCGUUCUUUCUGACAUGGAUCAUAACGAAUACGGUUAAUAGAAACAACUACAACUGCAGUUUUUUUAUAGCAACCGUGCGAAUUACUUUGAGCCAGUUCAAAGCUUUGGAUAGAUACAUGUACGCAUAGCUUGUCAAUUUUUUAAGCGGUCACAAACCCCAUGUGCCAAUGUUAAUAAAACACCAUUAUUAUAACAACUAUUUAACAGAUAUCGUUUUUACGUGGACGCACUUCUAGGAUACCAAAAAUGCUUGGGGUUCAACUAUUAUCAUUUAUAGACCUGGAGCGAGGGGGAUUCGGCGAAAUAUUACCCGAAGUGAUGAUAUUUCCCGAGGGGCUUUGCCCCGAGGGAAAUAUCAUCACUGAGGAUAAUAUUUCGCCGAAUACCCCGAGCGGAGGGUCUAUAAAUGAUAUAUUAUACCGAAAUUUAAAAGCCUCCAAGUUGAGAAUUAAAAACUUGACACAUACCUUCGUGAAUACGAUGUUUUAUUUUCGGAUUAACGCAAGUAUCGUCGCUUUUCUUUCGAAUCACAUAUCGUUUGGAAUAUUAAUGACAAAGCCCCAGGUUUUAGGUUUGAAACAUCCUCGGUCCCAGGGCCUCACGGCUGACACUGCGUUGCCGGAGGCCCUGGCGAAAACCAAAACGAAAAGUGAUUUGAUUGGUCGCAUGAAAACAAUGGAAUGCGGAAAUUGAACACGAACUUUUACUAAUAAAUAUGGCUGACAAUAUGAAUAGAUAGGAGUGUAUUAACUCUUCAAAGAAGACGAAGAGUCGUUUUGGUUGUUGAAAUCUGCUGUCUAUCAAUGGAAAUUUUAUUUUUAAUAUAAAAAAAUGUUGGAUGUUGUGUCACAAUGUAUUAAAAAGCUGCACAAAAUUGUACAUUGGAUUAUUUAAAGAUUGAAAUCGCCGAAGCCGAAGGGACAUUUUAUAGUUUUAUAUACGGGAUUUAAUUAUAUACAGAGUAUAAACAAAGACAGGCGAAAGGCUAUGCGAGAAAGACUGUACCGUUAAUUGUACAAAUCUACAAAAAUUGUGAGUGAUGUCUUGCAUCUUUCAAUUACAAAUGAGAAAAUCGUGAAUGAGUGUCUGUGUGGUUUUUAAAGCAAGAGGGGUCCAUGCCAUACAUAAUAUUAUAUUAAAUAUAGUAUAUUAUAAAAUAUAAAUUAUUUUAUAAUAUACUAUAUUUAAUAGACAUACUUUGUUGAUUUUAUAUCAAUUUCAUCAAAGGCUCUUAAUUUAUGUAAAAAUAUUGUAUUUUAUAUUAAAUGUAUUUAAUAAUGACAUAUUGUAUUUUAAUACUAUUUAAUAAUGACAAAGUGAUUAAUAUAAUAGCUGGAAAUGUUAGUUCUUCCACCUUGUUUUGCCUUAAAUUUCAUGCAAUAUAUAGCUUAAUUUAUAGGCUAUCAAUGUUUUUUACAGUUGACAAAUUAUAUUGUUAAUAGUAAUACUGCAACUUUGCUACACUGGUGAUGAGCCUCCCAAUUUUAUGCUGUAUACAUACAUUCAGUAUUAACUAAUGAAACUGGAAAACUAACUGGGAAGCUAACUUCUGAAUCUCUUACAUGCAGUUGACAUAAUUUUUAUAAAUUAUAGUGCUAGAUUUCAAGGUUUAAUUAGUCACCAUAGGCACAGGAGGAAAGUUUUGAAAUUUAAAAUUGAGGAGCACUUCAUAUCAACAGCACCAAAUUUAUAAUUUGUAAACUUUUGAAGAGAAAUUGGGCAUGGCAGAGGCAGUGCAGGGAUCGGGUAUGGGGGGGAGGGGGGGCUGUAGCUCCCCUAUGUGUAAAUUCUAGCCCCUCCCCAAUCAGGGAAGUGGAAUGUACUGGGAAAAAUUAUGUUUUGUAAUGACCUUGUUUUGUAGUCCUGGUAAAUGCACUGUUACAGACAAUAAAUUCUGCACCAUUUCAUGAGAGCCAAAAAAUUCAACAUUUUCAUGUGUGAGCAUAAGUUGAACAUACAAAACAAUAAUUUUACUGUUUGAAAGAUUAUAACCCCCUGUUGGGAACCUAAUAUUCCUUGUCGGGGAACCUGAUAUUCCUUGUCGGGGACUUGAUAUUCCUUGUCGGGGAACUCCUGAGCAUCCGGCCUCCACACACAAGCACACUGGUACCCACACACCUCCAUUUCCUACACCACUGCAAAUUAAAACACAGCAUGGAUGCACCAUAAAGCUGUUAUUUAUUUUUUACAGUAUCUUUAUUAACACACCAAAUUUUCAUAAAGGAAAUUGUAAGAAUAAAUCAUUAUUUAUAUCAAUGACACAAAAUUGUUUAUUUUGUUCAUGUAAUUUCUUUCUUUCUCUGAGUUGAUGCAACUUCUUUCUCUGAGUUGAUGAAGAAACAAACUUCCCACAUACCAAUCCUUUCAUAGCAAGGCCUGAAAUCCUUCCUAAAGUAGUAGUACAAUGUUUAUAAAUUAAAACAAUCUUUAGCCAAAAAUUUUAGGCCAAUCAUAAUUUAACAGCAACAUGGAUAAUUUUAUGACUGAAAAUGGCUGGCAAGAAAAUACAUAUUUCAAGUCAUAUAUAUGUAUUAAACUGUACAAUAUGAUACUAGCUUGUAGUAUGCAGUCACACAUGAUACCUUACAGGUAGUUGUAUAUCCUACAAACAAUCGUUAUCUGGGGAUACCAAGAUUAAGGUGGGGGUAGGGGUGAGGGGGAGGGGGGGGGUAGGUGGGAUGCAGAUAAUAUUUCAGGUUUUUAUGCUCAUUGUCUCUGUCUAAAUGCCGCAUUUUACAUGUGCCAAAUCUAAUGUGAACAAAAAAUGGUUUGAUUCAAAUAAUAAAGUUUGACUCAAAUAAUAAAGUUUGACAUUUUGAUUUAAAUGUUGAAUUUAUGUACAUACCGGUACGUAGUAAACAUAUGUAACUUAUACAUUUGUCCAAAGUGGCAAAGUAAUUACUUUGCAAUUAUACCCACUCUCCCAUUGAUGAGCAAAAUUGUCUGACAUUAGACAGUAAGAUAGUAAAGUACAAUAGAUAAUCUGAUUAACCCAUUGAGCAGUAGCACUCUCACAUUAACCAGUACACUCAAUCAUCUGGCAUGUUAAGCUGAGUAAAAUAAUUUGGUAGCACUUAAAAGGUUCAACAAACUUUUCUAGACUUGGCACAUGUAAAAUGCAGCGUUUAGACCGGACGUAUUAAACAGAAUAUAUGUUGUCUGUAUGUGUACAGUCUUGCAGAUAACCAUUAAUAUAGCAAAGAAAGAAUAUUGAGAAACAACCAAAUAUAUCAGUAUCACUCACUCACCAUUCAGUAACAAGAUUGGGCUUCGUCCACAACUAUCGCUUUUAAAUUGUCUGUAUAUUUCGUCCAUUGUAAUAAAAAUUCAAGAACUUUCAUGUUCUCCAAUUGAUUGCUGUCCGUAUACAAUGACUCUCCCAAACUACACAUUGUAUCCUUCGAUUCAUCAACUUGAACAGCUUUCAUAAUUGAAACAUUUACAUGAUUCUUUAGUUUACUGAUUUGGUCAAUCAUUAAAACAUUUAAUGGUGAAAUAACCAGAUCAAAUUAAUGUUUAUCUUGCAUGUAAAACAUUAUUUCUUUCGAGAAAUUCUCAAAGUUCACUCCUUGCAAAAAAAGAUGCAGAGUCAGCAUUUUAUUACGUUUACUUCCGGCAAACUACAAGAUUUUUGAAGUUCCGGUUUUGGUUUUCGCCAGGGCCUCCGGCAACGCAGUGUCAGCCGUGAGGCCCUGGGACCGAGGAUGGGUUUGAAAAAGCCCCGGGUUUUAGGUUUAAAAUUGAAUUAUUCAUCACUCAUUUUUACUAUUUAUUUUUUGUCGGCCAUCUCGUUCUCAUGCGUGUUGUCCCGCGUGGUCUACGCGAAUAAUGUUCCAGCCCAUGUUCCCGGAACAUGGGGUGGAACAUUGUCAAAAGGAACGCAGGCGCGCUAAUUGAUGACGUAAGGCGUGAUAUCGCGAUUAAUUUCAUGCUCCGUGGCACAAACUAAGCUUCCUGAUUGGACAAUUUGAAUUUGAGGUAUAAUAUUAUUUUAUAACUCACUGGCUACAGUUUCGGUCUUAAUUCCUAACUUUAUAGAUACUGCAAAAAGUUUUGCUAGUGACGAACACAUUGCUUCAUUUGUUUUCCUUGCUGCAAAACGUGCAUCAAACUCACCUCUUUUGUCCGAAUUUUAUCCCAGUGUACAGUAGUAUAUUUAACGUGUGAAGUAUACUUUCGUCAAAUUGACAUUUCAUCGAAGCCAAGAAUUUUGAACCAUCCAAGGCAAUGUUUUAAAUUUGCAAUUAAAUUAUCAUUUGAAUUACUUUUGUGUUCAUAUAUUACUUCUAUUUUUAGAUGUUAUAAAAUUUCAAGGAAUUUUAAUUAUCACCAAUCUCGGCACUUUUGAUCCAAACCUUCUCAUUAUCAACAGUAUUCCUUGGCUACAGCUUGCUUUAUCACUCGAAAGUGCG